UUUUGGUAAGCCAAAGAGGAAUUUAAGCAUGGGAGCCAUUUCUGAAAUUUUGGCAUUUGGCCGCCAUAUUGAAAAAACAAAACCCAGUGCUUUUACAUGAUAAUUCUUGGUAUAUUCACCAAACUAACCCUUUUUUUUAGGUCGGGGCUUUUUUUAAUAAUUACAUUUCAUUCAUUACAUUAUAUAAUGUAGUUAGCAUGGUAGACAUUUGUUUAAUUUUAGCAUUUACGUGCUAUUAAUGUAAAAAAAGAAACCAGUAUAUACUAUAUGACAGUUUUAAUUGGAAGUCUCAAAUGUCCUAUGUGUAAUUGUUAUGUUAGUACUAUAGUCUGUAUAUAUUUUCUUUUCUUUGUUGCAGUGAGUUAGUACAAUAGAAAUGGAAAAUGGAUGAUCCUGGUGCAUCAAAAUUAAGAAAAAGACAUGCAUUAUUGAAUGCAUCGCCACCUGAACCUAUUGGCAAGAAAACAAAAACACGUGCAGAAGACGACUGUGUGAUAUGUAAGCAAUCAACUACAUCUAAAAGAAAUCCACUACAGAAUCCAAAUCAGGACACCUGGAACAAAAUUGCAGAAAAAGCACUAGAAUGGAAGGAUUUAGGGACGAGCUUUGAUGAUAUUCACGAAAAGAUACAGGUAAAUGCUUUGCCUAGGAAAAUUCAUAAAGUCUGCAGGCUUGAAGUCGUUGGUCAUAAGCUAUUACGAGCACAGGAUACAUAUUAUAGAAAAUCUAUGCCUGAAGAAAAUGUGGGAGAAGCUGCUGGUACCUCUGCAGAACACACAAAAGAACAACGCAUACGAAGCAGCCGCAUUGUUUCUAAAUCUGUUUGUGUUUUCUGUACAGAAACCUUGGAGGGAAAAACUGUUAGAAACAAUGUUGGUGGAAGAACACCAGUGAAGGUUCACAGACUGGAAACACAAGAUGCUUGGAAAACUUUCUCCAAAGCAGUCGAGUACGUUGAUGAUAAACAAACUAAGGAUAGACUGCAGGCUAUAAUUACUUUCUGUGACAAUGAAGGAGGGAUACGGAAAGCAGCUGCGUUGGAUAUUAAAUAUCACAAAGACUGUUGGAAGACAUACUGCAGACCAGUGUACCACCAGAAUGCGAGCGGCAUAAAAAAGGAACAUAAGCAACAGCGAUUAAAAUGGUUGGAAGAAAAACAAACUGAAGCAUUUAAUAGCCUGUGUGAAUAUAUUGUUGAGUACUUGGACAUCCGCAAAGAGGUUUAUACUCUGAGAGACUUACUGUCAGAAUAUGAGCAAAUUCAGAGAGACAUGAUGAUCAGAAAUGAAGAAAUCAGAAACACAUGUGACGACAAAUACGCCCUACGUUCCCUUCGCCAAAAACUGGAAACACGUUUUGGAAACAAUAUUGGAUUUCAGCCGAGAUACCGGCGAAACGAAUCUUCAAUAGUGUUUUUUACUAAGCAUGGUGGGGCAUAUGUGGAAAGUGCUUUGAAUAGUUGGGGCAUGAACACUUCAAAUUUGAUACAGAACGUUGCUAAAAUUCUACAUGGUAAACAUAGAAAAGUGCCUGGAAUACCAUGGCCAUGCCAGGUUGAAGAACUCAAGAAUGAUAAUACCCCUAAUGACAUCCAUAACUUAAUAGCCUUGCUUGCUGACCCUUAUGCUAAAUUGGAAGAAGACCGUGCAGUUGUUGAAGAACGUUUGCAGUCAGCUGUUCGUUUCCUAUCUGAAGGUGUAAUGCAUUUAAUUACAAGAAAACGCCAACCACUGCAAGUAAGUUUAUCAAUAUCUGUACACAACUUGACGGGCAGCAAGGAGCUUAUCAAUGUUCUCAAAAAAUUGAGAAUUGGCAUUUCAUAUGAUGAUGUACUCGACGAGUUGUCAGCAUUAGCAUUACAGCAACACAACAACGGAGAACUUAAUAAUACUGGUUCAGAUAUCCUAAUAUGUCCACAACAAAUAGCAUCAGGUCAGCCGGGAACAGUAGUGAUGGAUAAUGAUGAUUUUAAAGAAGACGGACUUACCGGUUCUGAGACUAGUCAUUACACGAAUGUCAUAAUGGCACAAUCAAAAUCUUUUCGUUGUGAUGCACAGACGAAUAGCACAACAUUAAUUAUACCAACGCCUGAAGCCAGAAGAGCUCUAGUUUGCCCUGUUGUUACCAAAAACUUGCAAAAUGAUGGCAUACAUAGCGACCCACAACCACAUCAAUUGAAACCUGCUGAAAACACUGUAACAGUUCACAGACUGGUAGCUCACUCACUUCACCGUGUGAUUCAAAAAGAAGGAACUGUGCCUUCAUAUACUGGUUACCAUUGUCACCUUUCAAGUGAUACGGACAAGUGGGAAACAUAUAAUGUCAAAUCUUAUUCACAACCACCAGGUAAGGAAGUUGUCAAAGAUGUGUUGAAUUGGUGCCAACGAGUUGCCAAACACAAAAAAAUGCCUCUUAUUCAACUUGUUGGUGACCAAGCAAUAUAUAAAUAUAUUGAAGAAUGCCUAUGCGAGGAUGAGGAUAGGUGGUCUCUCGUAAAGGGUGUGUUAGGUGGAUUUCACACAGAAUUGUCAUACCUUAAUGCUGUAGGAAAAAGAUAUUCUGGAAGUGGUAUCGAAGAAUUAGCUGUUGCUGCAGGUGUUGUAGCUGUAGGAAGUUUAAGUCAAGCAUUAUCUGGGAAACAUUACAACAGGGCAAUGCGUCUGCACAAAUUGAUAGCAGAAGCUUUAAUACAUAUGCUUACACAAAGUUACAUUGAAAAUCACCCAGAUAUACUUGAAGGCUUAGAACAGGUGGUGGAUAUUUCAACAGAAAAAGAAUUUGAUGAAUUUGUUGCAUCACACUCAUUUAAUGAAUUCGUGCAAUUGAUGUUCCAAAAUAUCUUUGACAGUAACUCAGAUAUGGCAAAAUUUUGGCUAUCUUAUAUUAUUGAUGUGGAAGUCUUGUUUCAGCACUACCACUGUCUACGGAGUGGAGUAAAUUUUGAUGAAUACUUAAACAGUUGUCGUAGAAUGCUUCCUCUACUAGCAUCAUAUGGAAACAUAAAUUACCUUCGCUUCCUCUCUCUCUAUUAUUGGCGAAUGUCCAACUUGACAGAUAAUGAGAAGAAACAUAUGGCUUCAAUAUACUCAUUUUCAUUGACUGGCAAGAGUUACAGCAAAUUGCCUCCUGACCAGGUCAUUGAAAUGACUAUGAACAAACAAUCCAAGAACCGUAGAAGUGGUGGCUGGGUGGGAUUUUCCAAGAAUCUAUCCAUGAUUGCUAUUAACAUUUUAAGCAGGCCUGCUGUGUUGUACUUGAGAGAGCAAUUGCAAGAAGCCAUAGAUAUGAAGAAGCCUAUUUACAGCCACCCAGAAUUGGGUCCAUCGAGGAUGAAGAAAGACUUUCGAGUGAUUCACGAAGUGAAACUUGCUCUAGAGGAAUGGGAUGCGAACCCAUGGGACCUAAGUCGGCCAACUCUACGCUCACUUUGCACUGGACAGCCAGCACCAGAACAUGUAGUGAAAAGUUUGGACACAGCUCAUGAUGAGGGAAAUGCCAUGGCAGAAGCAAUAUUGAACAGACUUUCUUCAGAAACUACAUCACUCCACAACCCGAUUACAAAGAGGAAAAGCCAAACGUUUGCGACGAAGACUGCCUCCACUGCAAAGAGCAGGCAAACACUGAGGACAUUGGUAGAUCAUGCUGCAACAAAGCAAGUUGUCGAUAUGUUAACAAGUGGAGAAACUGCGACCAUGACACUACUGGAUAUCAUGCAGUAUAGAAUAACAACUGUGUGUUUAUCAUUGUUUACAGCUGAUGGUAUGUUCCAUAAACCAGUUAAGUCAAAAUUCAUGACAUUACUAGAUCUGCACCCUGUGAUGGCACCACCGCUUUACCAUGCUAUCGUAGAUCUCGGAAUGGCCUGGAACAAGAUACCAGCUUGCAAGACUUGGAGUCUUUAUGCCUACAACCUCUACAACUUCAUACUAAGUCGCCAUCCUGAAGCAGUAGCAUUUCACAUAGUCAAUGAUAUUUACAACGAAGAAACAUUGAUUGACAGUACUAAAUAUCAUGAGCAAAAACGUCGUAUGAUAUCGUAUGGGUUCGUGCCGAACAUUUACCCCAUUGCUGACAAGCAAAUGCCUACAGGAAGUGCAUGGCGUUCAUUUCUCUCAAAGCCUGCAAAUAAACUAAGACUUCAACACUUCCUUCUCAAUGAAUGGCAAUCCUAUAAGCACAAUACUAACUGGUAUUACACGAAAGAUCUUCUCUGCUAUGAUCUCAUAUCCAACGAAUGUGAUCCCCGAUUCGAAGCACCACUGCCAUGUGAAGCAGAUAUCAGGGCGUUCUUCCAAGCAGCACAAUUAGAUGAUCCUCAUCCAAUUGUACUUGAUUUCGAAGACACAGAUGUAUGGGUUAUUGCUUCAUACAUCAGUCAUAUAACCGAGCAGGAUAUGUACAUGUAUAAAAGGAAAUCGGGAAGUUCUGCAGAAUUCUACAUCUGUCGCUCAUUGUUCUCUAAAAAAGACAAAGCAUGUGCUGCUCUUGGUCUCUACACAUUUACAGGUUGUGACACGGUAGAAGGUUUCUUUGGCUGUGGCAAAGUGACAGCAAUGAAACGCAUUCUCCAAUCAAAUAAUCUGACAUACCUACAGACAGUACUACAACUAGGAGUCAGCAAAGAACUAUCCCAUGAAAUGUUCAUUCAACUGGAGUUGUUAACGAUUAGGAUUAUCUACAAUGACUCUGUGAGUCAACGAUUGUGUGAAGCACGAGAAAGAAAAUGGAGGCAGUUACGACAUUAUGAUUCUGCCAGGUUGCCUCCAGACGAGGACUCAUUUAGACAACACUGUCUCCGAAGUCAUUUGCAAGCUUAUGAAUACAAGAAUGCGAGACUUCUAAAGCAGUUGCCCCCUACUAACUUCGGUUGGGAAAGGCACAAAGAUGGAUUGCGACCUGUCACACACACCAUACCCGCACUUCCAUUUGGAACCCAAUUGCCUCAAUCCAAUGAAACCCUUUCAGAGGAGUGUGACAAUGAAUUAGAAGAUGAAAAGGAGCAAGUCAGUGGAAUUCUUUAUGACUCAUCAUUGGAAACCAGCGAUACAGAUGAAGAGUAUAGUGAUUCAGUGGAAGAUCAGUGAGAUGAUUUUCAUAUACAGUGAACAUUAACUAUGUGUGAUGUUACAUUCAAGACAUUUCCAUAUGUAAAAAAAAAGUCCUGUUUAAAAAUGCACAGGCUGUGGUGUAUAAACCUGAAAAAUCAUAAAGCAUACACUAGCUUCUGUUUUUCAAAAUGGCGGCCAAAUUCCAACAUUACCAAGGAAGUUGCCAGUUUUGACCAGUGUUGAAAAAAGAAGCAUAAGAACUUAAGUGAACUACUUUGUAAUGAAUUUUACCAGGACAUGAAUUAUUGUGCCAAAUGAAUGUUUAAAAAUACCUUGCAU